AUGUUUGGCCAGCAGGAGGGACUCAUGAAUGCUGUGCAUGCAAGUGAAAUUUUAACGACUUCACUUGACGCCUCAACCAAGCAAAACAAGAUUUCAUGCUGUGAGAACGAUCAAGACAAGCUGUCUGUGUGCCUCCGGGAAGAACUACUUCGCCGCGACAACGACAGCGACAACGACGACGACGACGACGACGACGACGACGACGACGACGACGACGACGACAAUAACAACAACAAUAUAAGAACUGGCAUCCUUGGAAACUUGCUUGGUCACGACCUUCUAAAGAGUCCGGUUAUAGUGCUUCAAGACUAUCCAACCAUCAUUAGCCAGCUUGGAUGA